AGAGAGAGAGAGAGAGAGAGAGAGAGAGAGAGAGAGAGAGAGAGGGGACUGGCCAGCUCAUCGAUUGACAGCGCGCUUUCUUUUAACCCCUCCCGCUACUCUGCCUCAAGUCUGUUCAGAUUUCGUCUUGGCCAACUCAUUGGCGCGAGGGACACAGCAGCCGGGGCAAGUCUAUAUAAACCCCUGCACUCGUCCGUUGAGGACAUCAGGAGAAGCUUGCGGUUUGGGUCCAACGUUGCCUCUGAGCCGACGGGAAUAGCACAGUUAUAACUUUAAACUUUUCACAAACAUACAUAUUAUAACCAUGUCUCACGGAUGGGGAUACGGACCAGGCAAUGGACCUGACAAGUGGGUGGAAAACUAUCCCAUUGCCGACGGACCCAGGCAGUCUCCCGUUGACAUCGUACCCGGCGAAGCGCGGUAUGACGGCGCGCUGCAGGCGCUCAAUCUGAAGUACGACCCCGGCACCUCCAAAGGCAUCGUCAACAGUGGCCAUUCCUUCCAGGUGGACUUCGUCGACGACGACGACAGCUCAAGUCUGAAAGGGGGACCCAUUUCAGGGACGUACCGCCUGCGUCAGUUCCACUUCCACUGGGGCGGCGCUGACGACAGGGGCUCAGAGCACACUGUGGCUGGGACCAAAUACGCAGCAGAGCUGCACCUGGUCCACUGGAACACUAAGUACCCCAGCUUCGGCGAUGCCGCGGGCCAGUCAGACGGCCUGGCUGUGGUGGGAGUCUUCCUGCAGAUUGGAAGUGCCAACGCCCAGCUGCAGACCGUUCUCGAUGCCCUGGAUUCCAUCAAGGCCAAGGGUCAGCAGACCACGUUCACGGGCUUUGACCCCUCGGUCCUGCUCCCUGGCUCUCUGGACUACUGGACAUAUGACGGCUCCCUGACCACGCCCCCCCUCCUGGAGAGCGUCACCUGGAUCGUGCUGAAGGAGCCAAUCAGCGUCAGCUCUGACCAGAUGAGCAAGUUCCGCAGUCUGCUGUUCAGCGCCGAGGGGGAGGACGCGUCCUGCAUGAUGGACAACUACCGCCCCCCCCAGCCGCUGAAGGGCCGGCAGGUCCGCGCCUCCUUCAAGUGAGCCGCAGCGCCCCCCGCAGGGCAGACGCAGGUCCGCGCGUAGCAGAGCUCCUGGCACCUCUCACACGUCCCCCCCCACCGCUCAGGUUUCCCCGCUAACGUCCCUGCCCUAUUUAUUCUGCGCGGCCCUUCUCCCCAGCCGUCUGCGGCGGGCGCCAGGUUUACGGUUCUGCUACUCGGAUCUGCGGCCGGACCCACGGAGGAAAGGAGCGAAUCGGAUCUUUUGGUGCCCUCGGCGGGAAAUAGGAAAAGAAAAUGGCGGCUAUGGGGCGUAUUGCAGCAGCGCAGAGAUACAGAGCUGCCUCCCUCCGUCUAAUCUCUCCCUGCCAGCCGGCUGCAGGGGCUCAGAGGCUUAAUGAAACGGAGUAUAGCUGCCGUAAUCACCACCGACUGGACCUGAAAAUCCCCUCUAGCACACACACACGCUCACACACACGCUCACAUACACACACACACGCACACACACGUGUUCACAUACACACACACACUCACACACAUGCACACACACGUGUUCACACACACACACGCUCACACACACGCA